UCAACCAUUGAGUAGACCGUUCAGUCAUAGCCUAGAGAGGAUCUUGUAGUGUGAACCUGAACCUUCCGGUGUCCGAGAUGGUGUCUUCAGUUAUCCGGCUGUCUUUAGCCGCUGUACUCCUCGUCACGGUGGUCUCUUCGGCCUCCGUCGAAGUGUCCAAGCGGGCCGUUUCUUCAGAGUCGACCUCCAACAGCUCGGACGACAAGGAGUGUCACCCCGCUAACCCCUGUGGCUGGGCAGUCUACAUCCCCUUUACUCGCACAGUCGAUUACUUCAUGAAGAACACGUGCGUCUGCCCCAAGGGCAAGUCCUGCCUCCGCACGGAUGACGACCUCUCGGUGAGCGCGUACGUCUACCGCUGCCGUGUCGAGGCCAACCCUUCGGAGUCCGACACCGAGCCUCCAGCCGCCACCACGUAACUCUCCUGGACUCCUGGGACUAAAGGCAAUGGACAAGACUGGACCUUCUAGAACUGCCACUUUUUAAUAUUUUUAUCAGCAUGACAUUUUAUAGAUUUUUGGUGACGGGUUUUUUGGACUUGACGUGAAAACAGAAGUUUUCGAGUAGUAAUGACUAGUUGUAAAAUUACAGGCUCUUCAUUUUCUGUGUAAAAUGACAAAUGAGCGCUUAGGUCUUAACGCAGUCCAAGAUCUCUUCACUUGUUCUAAAGUGUGGUGGUUGUUCAGACCACAUGUUCCUCGCUACAAUCGCGACUUACCAUCUCCACUUGUGUCAAACUAACGUUCAAAUUGCCAGAAAAAUCUAAAGCACUUCAAAGUUGCAAUUCUAUCAAGUGUUUUAUAAGUACCAACACAUAUCAUAACAAGUGAAGACAUCCUGGACUUCCUAAGACGUAUUACACAUUUGACACUUUACACUGAAAUCACGAAAACAAAUUCUUCGUAGAACAAAUAUUACAAACUUUGACAAAAAUUUAUCGGUAGCUCACGAAGAUGAGUACCACCUUGUAGACCUGAAUUUGUGAUACUUCGCUUGUAGUUUUAUUCUGAAAUAUUCGAAAGGUGCUACCACAAACACUGAAGUGUCCCCUGUCCAGAGCCUUUACGCCAGAUCUGUUGUGUUAGACUCUGCUAUCUAUGUUCCUGUAUGACGGUCGGGGCUAGUUCCAGAUCUUGUCAAUCUAUAUUUAUUACAGUAGUAGUUAGUUGUUUGUUUUUUUACAAUGUCAUUAUUUUAAGAUACCAUUUAAUGUAGUUCGAUUUUGUACUACUAGCUUCUAGUUUAUGUAGAGCAUUCUAGAUUCGUGGUGUAAAAUUUGGCUGCUCGUAAACUCUGAGAUCGACACGUUUGCUGAACAUCGGUAAACUUUCUAACCGUACAAGUUUAUAGCUACAGUGAACGUGUUGUUUUUUAGUCUUUUCAAAAGGGUAUACGAUAGUUUGUAGAUAGUAAAGGAGUCAAAUUUUACACCAAAAUUUUGUUUACAAGUUAUAGUUACUGCUUCCAGUAUUGUUAGACUAUUGUACUUAACUCUCUUAAUCAGUUGGAAAGAGCGGAUAUGCUGCAGACGUAAACACAAUUCAGAUGUAAAAUACAUCAGAUACAUCAGCACGAGUCUGCUUAGUGUUGUGAUAAACAUUAUGUCUAACCGUACUGAACAUUGUAAUGAUGUACUACAACCUAAGCAUUAAUCAUUACAACUACAGUUAAAUUAUACAGGAUAAGUUGUGAAAUUAAUUUUUAACCCAGGUAGCCGGCAUCCAAAUCAGCUUUUCUUAUUUAUGUGCGUUUGUACUCAGUUCACGUAGUCGUGUAACAUACCAUUUAAGAUUUGUAUUUAUUGUGUCUAUUCUGCUCAUAGCGUACACGGUUCUCCAUUCCCCGACUCAAGCUGAUGAUUUUUGUAUGUAGACGAAUCAUGUUGUAUACACCCUAUCAUUGUAUUGAUAUAUGAGGAUAAUAUGAGAACACACAAUGUAAUAAAGACUAUUAUCGAGUAAAACCCUACCUUAAAGUAUUGUAUUUUUAUAGCCGUUCCUAAGAUAGUGAUAGUCAGAUUUGCAGUAUUGUUGAGCUACUUUUGUAAUUUUCUACUCUCAUCAAUACUAUGUGCCAUUUCACGACAUCUUAGGCUAAUACAAUAUAUUUUCGUACCAAA